AUGUUCCAGGCCUGGCGUGUAGGCAAGACGGAAGCAAAGGGAGAUGCCAAUCAAUGGCUGGACUACAACCAAAGCCACACCCAACAGUUCUUCAUUGCUGGUGGAGAGCUGGGGCUCAAACACGUCUACACAGAGCUCUCUGUUCUCCUCCUGGUGGUCUACCUUCUAGUAGUUAUUGGUAACAGUGUGGUUUGCAUUGUAGUGGUGCUGGAGACCAAGCUGCACACACCCAUGUAUAUAUUCCUCGGCAAUCUCUCCAUGGCAGACAUCAUCAUCACAACCAGCGUUCUCCCCAAGUUCAUAUCUGUGGGCUUACUGAAUGACAUUGCCAUUUCCUACUCAGGGUGCUUCUUGCAGCAGAACACCUAUUUGUCAUUUCAAACGGUUGAGAGUCUUCUGCUUGGCGUCAUGGCCUAUGACCGCUACGUGGCCAUCUGUAAUCCUCUGCGCUACAAUGACAUCAUCACUCCCAGAACAUGUGCUGUACUUGCAAUGUGCACCUUGAUAGCAGGAAUACUCAUUUCCUCCUAUAAUGUACUACUUGCAUCUCAAUUAUCUUUCUGUGGGAGCCACAUCAUGUUCUGGUUUUGUGAUUUCCCUCCUGUUAUUGCACUGUCCUGUUCAGACUCAACAUUCCUGCUAUUCUUGGCGCUAGCAUCUGCUCUGGCAAUAACUGUUGUUCCAAUGACUGUAAUUGUUUGGACAUACACUAAAAUCAUUUUAUCAAUUUGCAGAAUAAAAUCUGUAGAUGGCCGUAAAAAGGCCUUCUCCACCUGCUCCUCACAUCUCAGUAUUGUAAUCCUGUUCUAUUUUGCACAUAUGUGUGUCUAUAUAAGUUCCACGGUAAAAAAUGUUCAUCCGAAUGUUCUCAUCUUGAUCUCCAUCAUGAAUUGUUUACUGACUCCGUUUGCGAACCCCAUCAUUUACAGCUUGAGAAACAAAGAGCUGAAGACUGCUAUUCAAAAACACUUCCACAUCAAGGUUUUAAUGUGACCAAAGGGUUUCUCUUGUUUACAUACCCUGUUUAUUCCCCAAUAAUCUUUUUAUUCUUCUUUUGUUUAGAUUUAUGUUGUGAAACACACAGGAUAUAUUUUUCUUUCACAUGUCCUGUCAUCGUGCACCCAUACCUAAGUCAGUGGUCUUGGGACAUUUUAAACAGGCUUAAACUGAAAUCUUUGCCAUUUUGCAUGUCUUUGAGACUUUUCUUUCUAAAAGUGUUUUU